AUUAGGGACACUGGAGCCAAUGUGGACACCUUGGAGCCACAAGCUACAUGAAAUGUUUGCACUCCUAUUGGUCAUGUUAGUCUAUCUUUGUGUAUAAAGGGCAGUUCUGAGAUCAGUUUAGGUCAGACUGGUGUUGGAAAUUCACUGACACUCUGAUCUUCAAUUUUGUGCUUUUUGGAACUCCGAACCAUUUUGUGCUUUUUGCGAUUACUUCAUUUGAGGAUUUUGAUAUCCUUUCCAUUUGUCUUUUGGCUACUACUGCAAAUUUUAUUGUUUUGGCUCCAAAAGGAAAAUCUUUAGGAUAUCAUGGAGUCUGUACCCAAAAUGUAAGUACAUGUAUUUGUUAUAAGUAUGUGUUUUAAAACGUAGACUAAAGUUGUAUAUACAAUAUGUGUUAUUGUAUCUUCAUUUAGCUAUGUUUUUACAAUCUUCAUUGCAGUGGUGGUACAUGGAAUGUAGGCUUAGUAUUGCAACCUAUAUUUUUAUAUAUAUAAAUACAGAUUGCAUUGCUUGUAAACACAGUAAUAUAUGCUUAUUUUAUAUAGUAAUAUUAUAUGCAUCUUAUUUUAUAUAUAAUUAUAUAUAGUUAGACUAAAGUUGUAUAAAUAAAUGAAUAAUCUAAAAAAUUUGUCUUAAAACAGCCAUAACAGAACUCCGAUGACAUGCCCUGUCUGCUGUAUGCCCAACAAGAGUCUCUCUACACAUCUGAAAAGAAAGUGUAUGAAGCUAGACACUGAGGAGGCCAGGAAAGCUGCAUUAGAAUCGGCCAAAAAAAUUCUGGUCAACAUAGCAUCGAAGGGCACUACCAUUUUUUAUGAUAAGAUCAUGUCUCUGGAAUCUCUGGAAAAUGUUGUACCCUUUCUAGAGGACAGGGGCUUUAUUAUAGCAGGCAAACCAACUUCAAACAGGAAUAUCAGACACGAGAGAACAUCUACCUCUCUGUCGGCUGCCACCUCCAUAUUGCAAGUAGCAGCCUCUCAAGUACAGCCAUUUCCCAUGGAAGACGAUGAGGACACAUUGCAACCUCAAGAGGAUUUGGAGGUCCCACAUGGCAAUGUGGAGCCUGAAGAAAACAUUGAAGAUGUUUCAGCCGAGACCGAGGACCAAUAUAUAGAAGAGAGAGCCAGCAUUUCAGAAGAAGACCAUGAGGAAGAGCAAAGAAGAAGAGAAGAUGGAGAAGUUGAGGACACUGAUGACAUCCUGGAUAGUCAGACACAGAGAAUCCUACAGACAAAAUGGACAGUGGAUACAAGAAAGAAGAUGAUGGCUGAGGGGUUGUACCAACGUCAUUCAUUAGACAACCCAAUGCUGAAGGGCUUUGCCUCCUAUCUGAAGGACACUUUGAAGGUCAAUAACUAUAAACAGGAGGUUGAAGAUGUUGCAAGAUUCCUUUUUUACAUGAACCCAAAGACUGUAAACCUGCAGUUCGUAAAGGAUGUGGAAAAGGCCAACUCCUUCUUUACCAAGCUAAGGGAUUUGAAUCUAGCAAACCAGACCAUCUUCAACUACCUGAAACAUGUCCGGAGGUUCAUGACCUAUCAGCUUAGAUCCACCAACCUCUUUACAAAACAUCCAACUUUGUAUAAGUCCUGCGAUUUCUUUCACAAAGUUACCGAAGACAUACAAAAGAGGUUGUCAAAAGGGAUUUCUAGAGAGGUUGUCAGCAAACGGUACCAGGCAUUGACAACCACUUCGAAGACACCCCAGGAAUGUCGCAGGCUUCUAGAUGUGGCAAAACCAUCAUUCAUACAGUGUUUAAAGGAUGUACAAGGUGGAAACACUGAUCGAACAGCAUAUCUAGAAAUAAUUUAUUAUUUGGAGGCCCUGCUUGUAUUGAAGCAUCUGCAAAGACCAGGGGUAGUGGAAAAUAUGACUGUUUCAGAGUGGAAAGAACGUAUCUCCCACUCAUAUAAUGGGGAGAAACUUUCUAUAAUUGGUGUUAAGCUACAUAAGACAGCUUCACAGCAAGUGGCUACUUUUGUGCUAAACAAGGAGGAAGAAAUGUGGUUUAAAGUCUACUUUGAAAAAGUGAGACCAAAUUUGGUACACAGAAACGCUCCAAAGGAAAACUUCUUCAUAUCGACUUCUGGAAAAGAAAUAUAUAAUGUUUCAAAUGACCUCUUGCGGUACCACAAGAAGUUCAAACUUCCGGAAAUCUCUAGCCAGCUUGUCAGAAGAGUUUGUGAGACAUGGACCGUUCCAAAUUAUUCUGAUUCAGAAAAGAAUAUGUUUGCCAAAUAUCUGGCGCAUACAAACCUCACGGCUGAAAGAAACUAUCUGGAAAAAACCCUUACAGAUAUUUGCCAUGGCUACCAGCUAGUAGUACAAGCAGGGCAAGUUAUGGAAAAUGAGCCACAAGCCAGCACCUCAAGAAAUCUGGAAUCGAGUCUCCUUCAUCCUGGCUUGCCCCAUGAUCAUCUUCUGGAUCCAAAGGAUGACGACAGCCAACAAGACGAGGACAAAACUUCCCAGGACACACUAAGUGACCAGGAUGAUACUGGCUGGACUUCAAGAGCAAAAGCUCCCUCAGUGCCAGCUAUGUCAACGAGGUCACAGAGGCAGAGGCAGGCAGCACCAGCAAGCUCGAUGUCAAGAAGAUCAAGGAAGCAGAGGCAGACACCAUCAGCAAGCUCUAAAGGACUGAAGAUUGCCGGAGAAGUACUAGGCUUCGAAGAAAAUGAGUCCAGCCAUGAUGAGAUCAAGACAACACUGACAGAGGCCAAAAUAAAGUUGGUUAAUGAUGUUGCAGUGAAUGUUCUGAUAUCAGAAGGACUGAAGAUUGCCGGAGAAGAAGUAGGCUUCGAAGAAAUGAGUCCAGCCAUGGAAGUGCAUGAAGCAUAG